AUGACCGCCGAAGGCCAAUAUCCCGAGGAUAGCGACGUCUCUGGAUACACCAAGGUGUGGUCCACGCUCAUUACAAAUACGAAGUACCUUGAAGGGUUGUUGACUUUGAAUUUUUCGCUGAAAAAGGCUGGUUCAAAGUAUCCUCUGGUUGCUCUUUAUACCAAGCAACUGGAUCCCAAUUCAGUCAAGGCAAUUUGCAAACGGGGGAUUAGUGUUAUCCAGAUUGACCCAUUGAUCCCCACCAAGUCGAAGCAGUUUGGACACGACUCCAGGUUCUACGACACUUGGUCCAAGCUACAGCCGUUCAAAUUGGUGCAGUUUGAAAGAGUCAUCCAAUUGGACUCUGACAUGGUUGUUAUUCGCAACAUGGACGAGCUGAUGGAUUUCGAUUUGGCACCGCAUAUUGCCUUUGCGGCUGCCGCAGCGUGUGUGUGCAAUCCCCUUAAACUAGACCACUAUCCGGGCAAUUGGGUGCCUAAAAAUUGCUCGUUUACCAAUUACCACGCCAAGUUGGCUUCUACGGUCGGCCACGACCACCAGGAUCACCACAUCAGGGGCCCCGCUGCCCACUUGGGGCUCGGACUCUGCAAUGGAGGCCUGCUCAUUGUAAGACCAGACACCCAGAAUUAUGCUACCAUCCUAGAAACGCUCUCCAAGCCGGAGAAAACCGCUUCGUACGAUUUCCCCGACCAGGAGCUUCUAGCAGACGUGUUCAGGAACCGCUGGGUUGCUCUCUCUUAUAAAUACAACUGUCUCAAGACACUAAAGAAGUGUCAUUCCGAUAUCUGGAACAUGGAUGAAAUUAAAAACAUCCAUUAUAUCAUCACUCCAAAACCGUGGGAAGUUUCCAGAGAAUCUUUCCAUGACGAAACAGACACGUUUGAGUUCUGGUGGGCAACGAAUGACGAGCGUCUGGAGGCAGAAAAAUUGGACAAUAUCUAA